CGAGAGUAUCGUUCCGUGUUUCAUCACUACCAACGAUUAUAAAAAAUUGUAUUUUGUGCCGGACUGUAAAAGAAAAGACGGUUAAAUCUCAACAAAAGCCAUUGCAUUGUGUGGUGGUGAGCGUUGAGCGAACCCAAGGCAGUCCGGACUGCAUAUAUUCCGCCCCGCCCGUACGUUGGAGGCGUGGCAGCACUGAGCCGGCGCCGAAAGACCCAAAAAAAAAAGCCGCCAUGUCGAAGAAUUCUGGGCGCGAUCGGGACAGGGAACGGGAACGGGAGCGUGAGCGGGAGAGGGACCGCGACCGUGAGCGGGACCGAGACAGAGAUCGCGAGCGGGACAAUCGGCACGACAGUCGCAGCCGCGACUACGACAUGGGCAAGUCCAGGAAUGGAGGCGGCGGUGGCGGCGGCGGAGGGGGCGAUAGAGGAGGAGGCGGUGGCUCCCGGAGUGCACGGGAUGACCGCAAGCGCGGCAAGGACAUGACCAGCGAUCGAGGCCGACGGGACGACAAGCGACGGAAGCGCUCCCGGUCAAAGGACUACGAGAAGGACAAUUAUCCCUCCCACAGACGACUGGACAAGGAGCGUGAUCGUGAUCGGGAUCGCGAUCGGCAGCGGGAGAAGGAUCGCGAGCGCGAGAAGGACAAGGAGCGCGAGCGGGACAAGGAUCGGGAGCGGGAUCGAGAGCGGGAUCGGGAUCGGCAGCGGGAACGGGAACGGGAGUCGGACGGCAGACGGGCCGCCGCAGCCGCACCGCUGGUCAUACCCGUGCCAUCGACCAGCUCCUCCGACGAGGAGGUGGAGGAGAUCGACAAGGAGGAGCAGCAGCGUCGCCUGGAGCAGGAGAUGAUCAAGCGGCGGGAGCGUAUCGAACGCUGGCGGGCGGAACGCAAGCGGGACACCAAGGUGGCGGCCGUGACGCCGGCGGUGGUCAAGUCCGCCAAGAAGUGGAGCCUGGAGGACGAGUCCGAGGAGGACGACAGCAAUCCGGCACCGCCGUUGGAUGCUGGCAAGAAGGACGCCGAACCGGACUCGCCGCCCUCCAAGUUCCACAGCAUUCGCAAGCGCUUCGACGAUGACGUGGUCGACACAAAGUUCUCUCCCCUGAAGCGUCCCACCUUCAGCAAGUCGUUUGGCGCCAAACUGGGCAUGGGCCUGGCCGCUCCCAAAACGGAGCCAGAAAUCAAGAAGGAGCCAACCGCCGUGGAGCCCAAGAAGGAGAUCAAGAAGGAGCCCGAACCGGCUCCCAUCAAAAUGGAGAUUGUCGAGGAGCCGCCCGUCGCCGCCGCCGUUGACAAAAAGGAGGAGAAGGCCAAGGAGGAGCCGCCGGAGCAGCAACAGCAGCAGCCGCCUCUGUUGGCAGAAGCCAAGCCAGAGGCCGCUGUUGAAGACAAGCCGCAGCCCGAAGUCGAGCCAGAGGACGACAUAGAUCCACUGGAUGCCUACAUGCAGGAGGUCAACAACGAGAUGCGACGUGUGAACAAUUUCGUCAGUCCACCCACCAAAUCGCAGGGCGUCGUGAUCCUCACGGGCGUGGCCAAAAAGAAGACGGCGACGUUGAAGAAGGGCGAGCUGAUCGAACAGAACAUGGACAGCCUGGAGUAUUCCAGCGAGGACGAGCUGGAGGACAUACGUGACACGGCCGUCAAUCUGGCGAUGAAGCAUCGCAAGGAGCUGGCCAAAAUCGAUCAUUCCUCGGUGACCUAUGCCCCCUUCCGCAAGAACUUCUACGUGGAGGUGCCGGAACUGGGCCGCAUGACCGCCGGCGAUGUGGAGAAGUAUCGCACCGAACUGGAGGGCGUCCAGGUGAAGGGCAAGGGCUGUCCGAAGCCCAUCAAGACAUGGGCGCAGUGCGGCGUCAGCAAGAAGGAGAUGGACGUGCUGCGGCGGCUGGGCUUCGAGAAGCCCACGCCCAUCCAGUGCCAGGCCAUACCGGCCAUCAUGUCCGGACGGGAUCUGAUAGGUAUUGCUAAAACUGGCAGUGGCAAGACGUUGGCAUUCAUUUUACCAAUGUUUAGGCACAUUCUGGACCAGCCGAGCCUGGAGGAUGGCGACGGCGCGAUCGCAAUCAUAAUGGCGCCCACGCGCGAACUCUGCAUGCAGAUCGGCAAGGACAUCCGCAAGUUUAGCAAGUCGCUGGGCCUGCGGCCAGUGUGUGUUUACGGCGGCACUGGCAUCUCCGAGCAGAUUGCCGAACUGAAGCGUGGCGCCGAGAUCAUAGUGUGUACGCCGGGUCGCAUGAUUGACAUGCUGGCGGCGAAUUCCGGACGCGUGACGAACCUGCGACGCGUCACAUAUGUCGUCCUGGACGAGGCGGAUCGCAUGUUCGACAUGGGCUUCGAGCCGCAGGUGAUGCGCAUCAUCGACAACGUGCGGCCGGACCGGCAGACGGUCAUGUUCAGCGCCACGUUUCCGCGGCAAAUGGAGGCGCUGGCCCGUCGCAUCCUCAAGAAGCCCAUCGAGGUGAUCGUCGGCGGGCGGUCGGUGGUGUGCAAGGAUGUCGAACAGAAUGUGGUCAUCCUCAACGACGACGCCAAGUUCUUCAAGCUGCUGGAGCUGCUCGGCAUCUACCAGGAGGCGGGCAGCAUCAUUGUGUUCGUCGACAAGCAGGAGAACGCCGACAUCCUGCUGCGCGACCUCAUGAAGGCCUCGUAUCCCUGCAUGAGUCUGCACGGCGGCAUCGAUCAGUUCGAUCGCGACUCCACCAUCAUCGACUUCAAGUCGGGCAAGGUGCGGCUGCUGAUCGCCACCUCGGUGGCGGCGCGCGGCCUGGACGUUAAGGAUCUCAUCCUGGUGGUCAACUACGAUGUGCCCAACCACUACGAGGACUAUGUGCACAGAUGUGGUCGCACUGGACGGGCGGGAAAGAAGGGCAGCGCCUUCACGUUCAUCACACCCGAACAGUCACGCUACGCCGGCGACAUCAUUCGCGCCUUGGACCUGUCGGGCACCCUGAUACCCGCCGAGCUGCAGACCCUUUGGACGGAGUACAAGGCCGCCCAGGAGGCCGAGGGCAAGACGGUGCACACGGGCGGCGGCUUCAGCGGCAAGGGCUUCAAGUUCGACGAGCAGGAGUUCAAUGCCGUCAAGGAGAGCAAGAAGCUGCAGAAGGCCGCCCUGGGCCUGGCCGAUUCCGACGAUGAGGAGGACAUCGAGCAGGACAUCGACCAGCAGAUCGAGCAGAUCUUCGCGGCCAAGCGAACGGUGAAGGACACGUCGGCCGCGGCCACAGCUGCUGCGGCGGCGGCCGCGGUUGCCGCCAUUUCCGGAGCAAAUCCGGCUUUAGCCUCGGCGGCCGCUCAAGCGGCGGCAGUGGCUGCUGCCGCCAACUUGGCCAUGGCAGCGGCCUCCGCCUCUGCGGCAGCGGCUGGUGGCCAAAGCGCGGCCGCCGGCGGAGCCCUCAGCUCCGACAAACUGGAGCUGGCCAAGCGGCUGGCCUCCAAGAUCAACAGCAGCAAGAACCUGGACACCAAGAGCAGUGUGGUCGCCAGCGUGGAACCCCUGCUCAAGGGGCCGCAUGUCGCCGGCGCCGCCGCUCCGCUGCUGACCGCUCGCACGGUGGCCGAGCAGAUGGCCGCCAAGCUGAACAACAAGCUCAACUACCAGCCCAAGGAGGAUGAGGAGGGCCUGGGCCCGCUGAUUGGCGGCACCACCAACUCGUUCACCAAAUACGAGGAGGAGCUGGAGAUCAACGACUUCCCGCAGCAGGCACGCUGGAAGGUCACCUCCAAGGAGGCCCUCGCCCAGAUCUCCGAGUACUCGGAGGCGGGCCUCACCGUGCGCGGCACGUACGUGCCGCAGGGCAAGAAUCCGCCGGAUGGCGAGCGCAAGCUCUACCUGGCCAUCGAGAGCUGCAGCGAGCUGGCCGUGCAGAAGGCCAAGCGCGAGAUAACGCGGCUCAUCAAGGAGGAGCUGCUGAAGCUCAGCUCCGCCCAUCACGUCUUCAACAAGGGACGCUACAAGGUGGUCUAGACCCUGACCCACACCCAGACCUAGACCCAGAUCCACCCAGACACAGACACAAACACAGACCGGUGGCCCGGUCCUGUAAAGCCUCUCGCUAUGAUAAGAUAAUGAACUGUUCCUUGGAACGCACGCGAUCAGAUAAACGUAAGGAUUCGUUUCAGACCAAAUUGCCGAAGCGUCUUUAUUCCAAUAUAUCGGUUGGAUUAUGUAUUGUGUUUAAUUUGGAGUAAAGAUGUUAAUAACAAAAUCAGUAAAACACGUUU